CUUUUUCUUACAUAUUUGUUUUACUCUUACUUCAAUAUGACCAAGGAAGAAAACGCUACUAAACUUGUUGUUGUAGGUGAACAACUCUUAGACCUUGCUAAUGCUUUGGAAGAACAACCUGGCCUUGCUGCUGAAUUCGUACAACAAACUCCUUUUGUAAAACUUCGAGAUCUUCCUGAUAUCCAAGGUUUGCCCACCACCUUACCUAUCCCUAUCUCUUACUUGAUGAAUUCAACUCCGCAGCCUGUGGAGCACAAGAUUGCUACUUUGAAUCCUGAAACUCGUAGCAAGUCUUCUGUAUUUUUAUCGUUUUGGGAUUACCAUGAAAAGUAUUUGAGUGGUGAAUUUACUCCUUCUCAGGUUGCCGUUCGCGUACUUGAAUCUAUCAAGGCUAGUGAAUCUCAUAAUUGGAUUCAACCUGUUGAUAAGGAAGAUAUUCUUCGUCAAGCCGCAGCUUCUACUGAACGUUAUCAAAACAAACAACAUAAGAGUCAGUUGGAUGGUAUCUUUAUGGUGUUCAAGGAAGAUCAAAACAUUCAAGGCCGCGUUACUACUGCUGGAACUUCUUUCUUCAAUAAGGGUAAACCUGCUGUUGAAGAUUCUACUCCUAUACAUCGACUACGUGGUGCUGGUGUUAUUGUUGUCGGUCAUGCAAGAAUGAAUGAAAUUGGUUGGGAUACUUUUAGUAUCAAUCCUAACAGUGCGACUCCUCUCAAUCCUUAUUCUUUAUCAUGUUCAAGUGGUGGUAGUAGUGGUGGUUCUGCAGCUGCUGUUGCUGGUGGUAUAGUUCCUAUCUCUCUUGGUGGCGACGGAGGUGGCAGUGUUCGUAUCCCAGCUUCUUUCUGUGGUCUCUAUGGGUUGAAGCCUACGACGGGAAGAAUCUCCAGUUUUGGAGGUGCUGGCUUUAGCGCUUCAGUAGGUGUCAUUGGUCCUUUGGCAACGGAUGUAGAUUCGCUUUCUUUAGCUUUUAGUGCCAUUUGUGGUCCUGACGAAAAAGAUCCUAAAACAUUAUUGCAGCCACCGUUCUCUCUUCAAGAUUAUGACAAAACUGAUUCUUUGGAAGGACUCACAGUUGCUGUUGUGCCCGAAUGGAAUAAAGAAGUGGACGAUCCAGUAUUGGCCGAUCAUGUGUCCUCUUUUGUUAACUAUUUCAAAUCACUUGGUGCCAAGGUUGUGGAAAUAGAUAUCAAGGAUUGUCAUCUUGCCCGUGCAGCCCAUGGACUUACCAUCUCAUCAGAAAUGAAUUCAUGGGCAAGACGCUUCCCUGAACAUCAAAAAGACUUCUUACCUCAUACUCGUAUCAUGAUGAGCCUUGUGAAUCAAACAACCAGUACAGACUAUGUCCGAGCACAGCAAGUACGUACCUUGAUGAUGAAACAAAUGGAAGAUAUCUUUAAAGAUGUGGAUUUGAUUGUAACACCAGUCACUGCCAUGCAAGCAUUAGAUAUCCCUGAAGGUGCCCUUACUCAUGGUUUAUUGGAUAGCGAUAGCACAAGUAAAUGUAUUCAAUUUGCAAACUUGGCCAAUUUCGUUGGUAUUCCCGCUAUCAGUGUGCCUAGUGGGUUCCAUGGUGACAAGCCUGUGGGUGUACAAAUCAUGGCUGAAUGGUAUAAUGAAAGUCUUCUUUUGCGCUUGGCCAAGAUCUGUGAACUCAAGCCUGAUGUGGAACGACGCAAACCUGUGGUAUCUUAUUCCUCCAACCAUUUGACCCCUCCUUAGUUUAUUCUUAUUUUGUAUUAAUAUAUUACUCCUUUUUUUUUUUUUUUU